AUGCCUGUCGUGAACGGCGUCAUCACUGUUCUUCAGCCCCCCGAUGGCUAUGUCGUUGAUUUCGAUAACCCACAGCGACAGGCUGUGCCCGAAGUCUACUACGUCGCCGGGUUUGGAACGUUUCUCAGUCUCUUGCUCAUGGCGCAGCGUCUGUACACAAAGGCCUUCCUCGUCGGUCGGUUGCAGUGGGACGAUGAUAUGUUUGCGACGGGAUCUGGCGGUGCCCAUGGCUGGGAGAUCCCGGUUGAAAAGUUCAACAUCUUCAUGAUGGAUGUCUACCUUGCCGCCGCCAUCUACACUCUGUGCGGGAGUUUCGCCAAAGUCUCACUUCUCAUAUUCUACUUCCGUCUGUCACCUCAACGGUGGUUCAAACAGGCAGUGUGGGCUUCGCUCGCCAUCAUUGCUGCGUACAGCGUCGGCAUAUUCUUCGCUCUCGUAUUCGCAUGCGAUCCCAUCGCGAUGAGUUGGGAUAUCACAAUCACGGAGGGAACCUGCAUCAACCGACCGUCGCUCUACAUCGCCACCGCCGCCGCCAACAUCAUCUCAGACCUGAUACUGUUUGCGCUUCCGAUCCCGAUUGUGGUAAAGUUGCAGAUUCCGCGCCGACAAAAAGUUGGCCUAUUCUUCAUCUUUGCAGUUGGAUCACUGACCGUCGUCACUUCCAUCAUCCGCGUGUCUCUGCUUCCAGCCAUGCUCACUAGCACGGACCAGAGUUGGGUUAUUUCCUGGGCCAGUUUGUGGAUCAUUGUCGAAGCAAACCUAAUCGUCAUCUGCGCCGCCCUCCCGACCCUUCGUAAGUUCUUCAGACACGUCGCGCCCAAGAUCAUAGGCGAGAGCACGUACGGAAAGGGAACCAAGACAAUGGGCGGCAACGGAAGCAAAACCGUGUCUCGGUUGACGAUAGGCGGCACGAACGGAACGCGGAAUCGUGCCGAGUACUCGCAGUUCGACCUCGACAACAGCGCCGAGACGUUCGCCAUGGCCAGCGUAGCACCCCCCAGCAAACAAGAUGCAGUCAGUACCGGUGUUUGCGAAGUUGAUACUACAUGGGAUGACGACUCGUCUGAGAAGACCAUCAUUCGUGGCAAGAAUAUCGUUCAAACCAAGACGGUCACUGUGGAGUACACUGCCAAGAAAUGA